UUAGCUAUUGCUUAUAUUAUUUUAGUUGCAAUAGAAUAAAUAUGUUAUUAUUGUUUAAAUCUGCAUCGUAUUAUUUAUGAAUACAUCCCUCAUAUCAUCAUCAACAAUAGUUUUGGAGACUCAACUGCUGCUACUGAGUGCACAAAAGAUGAUGUCGAUGAAUGUCGCUGCUCUGAUAAUAAUCGUAGCUUCGUUUCUUGAACCGCUGUACAGUGCCAACAGUUCUCCUCAACUACCCACAUUUGCGGUGCCUGAUAACAAUGACGAGAGCACAUUUUACGAAAAAAGCUGUACUGAUAAAGAUGAUAGAACGAACUUUAUCCUGACACUUUACGUUCCGGAUCGGACGGAGCCACAAGAAAAUUCUACUUUUUAUCUUAAACGACAGUUUGAUCCUUGGGGUGGGAAAAGACAACCAAAAGGUUUCAAUCUUCUAUCAACAAUAAAUCAAAAGCUGACUAAGCGAAAAAGGCAGUUCAGUCCUUGGGGAGGAAAACGUUCUGUCGACCGAGCUGAACAGAACAAUGAUGAUGUGGUUAACGACGAAGAGCUUUCUUAUAUAUUAUCCAAGAAAAGAAAUGUUAAAUAUUUAAAAAAUAAAAGAAAUUUUCAGCUUCGGGGAGGAAAAAGAAAUUUUCAGCCUUGGGGAGGAAAAAGAAAUUUUCAACCUUGGGGAGGAAAAAGAAAUUUUCACCCAUGGGGAGGAAAAAGGAAUUUUCAACCAUGGGGAGGAAAAAGAAAUUUUCAACCAUGGGGAGGAAAGAGAAAUUUCCGACCUUGGGGAGGAAAAAGGAUCUCCAUUCUCAAAAAGUAACAACGAUUUUAAUUUGGAGCUGGAAAAGAUCGAUCAAUUUUGAAAAUGAAGAGGAAAAUGCAAAUUAUGAUACAAAUAUUGAAAGCAAAAUUAAGAAACAAGGAUCCUUGAAUACUUUGGCGGACAAAAUAAAUUUUAACUCUGUUCCGAAGACAGCUUUCAGUUCCUGGGGUGGUAAAAGAACCUUCAACGCUUAGUUAAACACAAUUUAUACUAGAUCGGGAAACUGAAUAUAGUCUUUUUGCUAUAAAAAUAUUUCCACGUUGAAUCCGUUUUAAGAAAUAAGUUAUUGAAGUUUGAAUUUUAAAUCAGUAGUUUAAUGAAUAUCGAAUUCCAAAAUGAAUUCUGAGGGAAGAGCAGCGAAAUAAAGUUUUGCAUUAAGUUCUCAUUCAUUGUCAGAAAGUGGCUUUUUUACGUAUAUGUAAAACUAAUGCAGUCAUGAACAUGUCAAUAACUUUUGAACUAAGCCAAGAAUUUAACAAGUAAUAAAAUGUUUUCCAUCUUAA